AUGGGGCCACAUCGAGCGCUGUACAACGCCUUGUGCAGAUUUGGCGACAAGGUGGUCUAUCCCGUUCUGCCAGCGUUCGCAAAGCCGGCGUGGAAUCAUCCGGCUGGGCCAAAAACCGUGUUUUUCUGGGCUCCAACCAUCAAAUGGGCCCUCGUAGCGGCUGGACUGGCUGACUUGCCGUCGCCCUGCACACAAGCUAUCACCCUAUCAGGUGCCAUAUGGACGCGAUACUGUCUUGUGAUCACGCCGAUCAACUACUAUCUCAGUAGUGUGAACUUCUUCGUUAUGUGCAGCGGGCUGAUACAGCUGUGUCGGAUCGCUCAUUAU